AUUUUUUUUAUUAAUCAAUUUUUUAUAUCCUCUUCGUCUUCACGACCCUCCUUUUAUAGAUUCUGCUGCAAAAACCCAAUUAUAAAACCCUUAAAAAUUUUACUCGGUAUAUAGCAGAAACUUCCCCUUCCUUAAAUUAAUGAACAGAAUAUUGACCCUUUUUUAUUUAUAAUUAAUUGUCCUAUAAAUGUUUUACUCCUUUUCUCUUAUAAAAACAACUUCUCUCUCUAUAUCCUCAUAUCGAACAACUAUUUCCCGCUCUACCUAUUUCCUCAAACAAUUGCCCUACAUUGUCAGCCGCUUUUCCUUCCCUUUGUGCAAAACUUCAAUUAGAGGGAUAAAUUUGGAAUCAAAUAAAAACCCAAAAAAAGAAAGAAAAAUGAAGUAUGUUUUGGUUACCGGUGGUGUUGUUAGUGGUUUAGGUAAAGGUGUUACUGCUAGUAGUAUUGGUGUUGUUCUUAAAUCUUGUGGUCUUCGCGUCACUUCUAUUAAGAUUGAUCCUUACUUGAAUACUGAUGCUGGUACUAUGUCACCUUUUGAACACGGAGAAGUAUUUGUACUUGAUGAUGGGGGAGAGGUUGAUUUAGACCUGGGUAACUAUGAGCGCUUCCUUGAUGUGACGCUAACCAGAGACAACAACAUCACAACCGGGAAGAUAUAUCAGUCUGUUCUCAAAAGGGAGCGGAAAGGCGAUUAUCUUGGAAAAACCGUACAGGUUGUUCCACACAUUACUGAUGCAAUCAAAGAAUGGAUUCAGAGAGUUGCAAACAUCCCCGUUGAUGGAAAAACUGAUCCUGCUGAUGUUUGUGUCAUUGAGUUAGGAGGGACUGUCGGUGACAUCGAGUCAAUGCCAUUUAUUGAGGCGCUACGUCAAUUGUAUUUCACAGUUGGAAAAGAAAAUUUCUGCCUCAUUCAUGUGAGCCUAAUUCCUGUUCUUGGUGUUGUGGGUGAGCAGAAAACAAAGCCUACUCAACAUAGUGUGCGAGAACUGAGAGCAUUAGGCUUGACUCCUCAUCUUCUUGCAUGUCGGUCCGCACAGCCUUUGCUUGAUAAUACAAAGGAGAAGCUUUCUCAAUUUUGCCAUGUACCCGCCGAAAAUAUUCUUAAUAUCCACGAUGUUCCAAAUAUUUGGCACGUUCCGCUUUUGUUGCGGAAUCAAAAGGCUCACUAUGCUAUAAUGAGACAGCUAAAAUUACUCGAUGUUGCUGCACCUCCCAACUUGGAAGAGUGGACAAAUCGGGCAGAGACUUUUGAUAAUCUUACCGACUCUGUUAGGAUUGCUAUGGUUGGAAAAUAUGUUGGUUUAACCGAUUCUUAUCUGUCUGUAAUAAAGGCUCUUCUUCAUGCCUGCAUUGCUUGUUCCAUGAAGCCAGCAAUUGACUGGAUUGCGGCUUCAGACCUUGAAGAUGAAAGUGCCAAAUCGACACCCGAAGCUCAUGCAGAAGCGUGGAACACUCUAAAGAAUGCUUCAUGUGUGCUAGUCCCGGGUGGAUUUGGUGAUCGUGGAGUUGGUGGAAUGAUAUUAGCUGCAAAGUAUGCCCGGGAAAAUAAUGUUCCGUAUUUAGGAAUCUGCUUGGGCAUGCAGAUUUCUGUCAUAGAAUUUGCUAGAUCUAUUCUGGGUUGGGAAAAUGCUAAUAGCGAAGAGUUUAAUAAGGAGGAUCCAAAUCCAGUAAUUAUAUUUAUGCCCGAGGGAUCUAGAACUCAUAUGGGAAAUACAAUGAGAUUAGGAUCUCGAAGAACAAUGUUUCAAACCCCGCAUUGUGUGACCUCUAAGUUGUAUCAUAAUUCAAGGUUUGUGGAUGAACGCCAUCGCCACAGAUACGAGGUGAAUCCAAAUUUAGUUGCCAAAUUAGAGGAAGGUGGCUUAAAAUUUGUGGGGAGGGAUGAAUGUGGAGAAAGAAUGGAGAUCUUAGAACUGCCUGAUCACCCGUAUUACGUUGGGGUCCAAUUUCAUCCCGAAUUCAAGUCAAGACCCGGGAGACCUUCUGCUCCAUUCCUUGGUCUUAUAUUAGCAGCAACCAAGAAAUUGGAGGGUUAUCUAAAGACAUAUCAAAAUGGUAGUUAGCAAUAGCAUGCAAAGCUAAGUUGGUAUCUCUUAUACAUCUAAUUCCAAUAGUGGUAAGCAUCUUUUUCUCAAAACUACCUAAAAGGAUGCUCUUUUCUUAAGGGCACUUUUCGGUAUUUCAUUUGCUUUACAGAACGAAUAGACAUAGCGGUUGCUGCGUGAUUUUUGUGCUGAUCCAAUUCAAGAAUUCAUCGCCAACGCUUGUGAUUCUCGGCUCAAAUCUCGCUGAUUUCUUUUCGUGCUCAGUAGGAAAUUUUUGUUAGCAAAUGUUGGGUGUUUUUAAUGGUAGUUCUGGAAUAACCAUUCUAUUUGGAUUCCAGAAGGUUUCCACAUUGUUCUACUAUCAAAUGUUUUGAAGAAAUGCUGUUUUCUGACAUAUUAUUUCCAUUUAAUCCCAUUGCUUAAUAAAGUGUUUCUUCCUAAUC